GUCUCUGCUGCUGUAUUGAGACAUUAAGGCGUGACUCUCUUACAUCUGAGGAAAUUAGGGAGUCACAGCGCAGUUAGACGACGCUCCCAAACCGAAGCUCAGUUUUAAACUAAUCUUAAUCCUAAUUCUACUUCUAACCCGGAGCUCCACCGCGUGGAGGUCCAGCCCAGCCCGGCUGAGUGAGUCCGGCUCUGAUCCCCUGUUUUGGCGGCGGAAGCGCGAACUCCGCGGUUUGGAAGAUGCACUAUUACAGAUAUGAGAGUGCGGAGGUGAGCUGCUGCUACAAAUACCUCAUGUUCAGCUACAACAUCAUCUUCUGGCUGGCUGGAGCUGCAUUUAUUGCUGCUGGUUUCUGGGCAUGGAGUGAGAAGGGCGUGUUGUCAGACCUGACGCAGGUGACGCGGAUGCACGGCUUCGACCCCGUGUGGUUGGUCUUGGUGGUGGGUGCGGUGACGUUUGUCCUGGGGUUUGCAGGCUGCGUGGGUGCGCUCAGAGAAAACAUCUGUCUCCUCAAAUUUUUCUCAGGGAUUAUCGGAUUCAUCUUCUUUCUGGAGCUGACGGCGGCCGUGCUCGCCAUCGUGUUCCAGGAGCCGUUAAAGGGGUGGAUCAGUGAGUUCUUUCUGGCCAAUGUGAAAGCCUACAGAGACGACAUUGACUUGCAGAACCUCAUCGACUCCCUGCAACGGCUGAACCACUGCUGCGGAGCCCGAGAUCCCAAUGACUGGGACAUGAACGUGUAUUUCAACUGUUCCCAAAACAAGAGCAGAGAGAGAUGCGGCGUGCCGUUCUCCUGCUGCCUCAGCGACCCGGCUGACACGGUGCUGAACACUCAGUGUGGAUAUGAUGUCAGAGCUUCAGGUUCGAUGAAUACUUGGUCGAAUACGAUCCAUGUUAAAGGAUGCAUCUCAGCUUUAGAGGAAUGGCUUCCUCGGAAUAUUUACAUCGUAGCUGGAAUUUUUAUCGUCAUCUCUCUGCUGCAGAUGGUGGGAAUCUAUCUGGCCAGAACUCUGAUUGGAGAUAUUGAAAAAGUCAAAUUUAACUAUUACUGAGAUUCUUGGUCUCCUCUGUCUCUGUCCUCUUCUUUGUCUGUCUGUUUUUUGGGAGCUGUGCCUGAAUCAGAGCUGUUCUGGAUGAAAGUUUGCUUUACUUCUUCUGGAAACUUGUAUACGUGCCUUUUACUUUUCCAGGUUUGAUAUAGAAACUCUCUCUUCGUCUCUCAGGGCUUCUUCUCUCUUCUCCUUCAGCUGAACUGAGGAUUUCAUAAAGUACAUUAUAAUCUAACACUGAUUGUGAUGAACUGUUUCUGUUUAACCUGUUUAUCAGUUUGAUCAUUUGUGGUAAAAUUUCAGAUUAUUUGGCUGUAAGUUUCUUAUUUGUUUCUAUCAGAAAAGGCUUUAAUGUUCGGCUGCAAAAGUUACACUGGAGGUUUAGAGAACUGCAGAACCACAGACACACACAGACAGAACCACAGACACACACAGACAGAGAACCAUAGACACACACAGACAGAGACACACACACACACACAGACAGCUAAAAUCAGACUCAACCACAGACCGACUCUGACACACACACACACACUGAUCAGGUUCUUCAGUGUAAAUGAGUGAAGCUCUGAGUGAUGAACUGAACUGAACUGAACUGUCUGAAUUUUACUGAACAGGUUUUUUCUGCUCACUGUCAAACUGCCUGAGAGUCUCCAGCCAUGUUCAGUCAGUUCUGCAGAAAACACUCCUCACUUUUCACCUUUAUUACCUCUGGUUUUCUGCUUUCUCUUCAGACUGAUGUGCCUUUAUAGGCCUACAGAUUCAUGUGAUUUGUGAGUGUGUGUGUGUGUGUGUGUGUGUGUGUGUGAGAGAGAGAGCGUGUGUUUUUACGAUGUGUAUGCAGUCUAACCCAAAACACACUUGAGUCUUCCUUUCAUGUUUAUUCAGACGAAUGUUCUAAGAGCCUGUAAAUAAAUCCAAAAAGUUUUAACCCAAAGAAAGAAGUUUAAGUGGGCGUGUCUCGCUCUCUCUCUGCCAUGUUUAGGGAUGUUACGCUGCCUGUAAGUUGCUGUAAAAGAGCCUUUUCCUUUUAUUUGUUUUUUUUCAAUUUCAGAUAGUUUUAUAAAUAAAAACAACUUUUCUGAA